UAAAAUAUACGUGGGAAUCCAAAACACAAAUUUAUUCUAAUUCUAAAUUAUAAUAGUUGUGCACACACACACACACACACAACAAAUCAAGAGUUAAGACAACGACAAUGCUGCUUAAGGAUCAGCCCUCCAUCAAGGAGGUGGCCAAAGUGUUUAUUGUGGGCUUGGCUCUGCGCUCCUAUGUGGCCGAUACGGAUGGCCAACAGCGUCGCACUUGUUUUGGCCAUGAGCUGUCGCGUCGCAUUUGCUCGGUAGCCAAUCGCAAUCGGCCCAUUUAUCGCCGCCGCUUGCAGAAGCUGCUGCCGGCGGAGCGCAUCAAGGACUAUGAUCUAAGGAACAAGCAGCGCGUGGUGGAGCAACAGCGCGAGCUGCGUCUGCAGGCUCAAGAGUUUGCCAAUAAAAAUUAUGCACACCUCAAGUAAUAGACACUAAUUAUGAAUGAAAUGGCUUUAAAAUAUGACACAGACACACAUACACAUACGCAAUUGUAUAUGUUCGUAUAUAUGUAUAUGUAUAAAUGCUGCUAACUG